ACAGGUAGCUUCCUGUCUUUGAUAUUACCUACAUCUUACCUGUAAACAAUCCUUAGACAAGGCUAAAAAAGACACCUGACGAUGUGGGUCCUGAUUACCUUGAUGAGCUUAAAGUCUUAUGUGUCUGUGUGUGUGCAUGUGUGUGUGUGCGUGCAAAAUUCACUUAAUUUGACCAUCUGUGCAUGCUAAAGGAGAGAGAAGAAGAGUCCUCCAAUCCUAUGUGAUCCUUUCAGCUACUCAGUCUCUCUGGCUCUGUUACUUGGGUAGGACCUCGUAGCUUCCAGAAGCCUCAUCUACGAACCCCAUAAGAAAUUUGGUUUGAUCCUUCUAUUCAAGAACCCAGUAAAGAAGAUUGAUUUAGAGGCUGAAUUUCUGCCGAGUUUUCGUAAGGUAUGCACCCUGCUGAACACCCAAGUUUUCAACGGUAAUCAGACAGAAGCACCGAUGGAUGAGCAGGUCUAUCCACACUUACUAGGCUAAAUAUUUGGUUUUGUAUCUCUUUAUUGAAAUCACAUCACAAACUGACAAGUCUUUUUCAACAUCUGGACAUAAAAAAUGGGUUGUUCCCCAUCCAAAGGUCAUCUCUUCCCAGGGAUCCCAGAUGGGGUACACAAGGCUCUGCUGCCAGUACCACCAGAGGUGGGUAACAUCAAGCCUAUUGAGGGAGAAAACCAAGAUAUUGACGAAGAAGUGGAGGAACUCCCACUAUCAGCUGAAGAGGAUAAUCCUAUGGCCGCCCUGGGAAAAGUGGCGGACAUGGCCCCCAACACAGCCGUUGUGUCAAACCUAGGGGCCGUCUCUCAAAUAGAGGUCAAAAUGACAUCACAGGUGAGAGACACACAGAAUGAGGAGUUACCGGAAAAGCAGGCAAAAAAGGUCAAGAAGCGAAAGAAGAAUAAGGGUGUGAAACGAGGCUGCCGAAAAGAAAAGGAGAUUAACACCUCAAUCAUCCAGGGGAAGGUGGACCUUCCUUUACACAUGGUGAGAGCUCACCAGGCCGCCUACGAAUACCUGAACCCCAACAUUUCCAAGUGUGAGACCCUGCUGGGGCUGCUGGACCAGGCCGCCCAGAACCAGCUCUCCCUGCAGCCCAUGAUGACAGCCAUUGUGAUGCGCUUCGAGGAGGUCAACCAGGCCCUGGAGGAGAUGGCUGAGGAAGGGGAGCUGAUGCUGAAGGAGCAUGGCAACCACAUGGCCUGGCCCUCCGAGAUAAGGGACCCAGCUCCCACUCCCUCCAAGCCCAUUGCUGACCCAUCAGAAACCCCCCCAGACCUGCUGCAGCUGCUGCUCCAGCAUUCUACUGAAAAGAUGAAGCUGGUGGGGAGCUCGAUCCAAGGCCUGGGAGACACCACUCUGGAAGAGGCGGCAGACUUCUUUGCCUCGCUAUCUAGACUACUGGGAGAGAGGCUGCAGGCCAAGCGGGCAGUAGAGGAGCGUCUGACCCAGGUGCUGGCGCGCGUGGAGGCAGCUGCCAAGUGCAACCUCGAUGACUUGUCCCUGCACAGCGAGGACAGUGGAAUCGGGGGAGAGAAUGAGUCACUGAUGGGAUCAGAGCGCCACCGUCGUCAAUGGGGGAGUUCUGGGUCCGGUGGCAGUGCACGCCCCUCACCCCCAAGCCAUUCACCUGACCAGGUAUGCCUUAACGAAGGUGAGGAGGGGGAAGAAAACGAAGAAGAGGAUGAUGAUGAUGAAGAUGGGGAGGAUGAAGAGGAAGAGAGGUCAGGGAGGGUGCGGUCCAACUCAUCCCCGCCAGACCCCAUACAGAACACCAAGCACAGCAAAGGGCAGCCACUCAAACGACCCCAGACAGCUGCCCCCUUGGGCAGGCCGGUGAGACCACCACGGUCACUGUCCAUAGAAUCUCUACAUGUUCAGGAGCUGCAACAGAAAGAACUGGACCGACGGACGGGAAACAACUCUCUGAGAAGAUACUCUUCAGGGGGGCAGAGGGUUGCUAGAUAUGGACUCAAAGGGUCCACAAAGGCAAACCAAGCACCAAAUUCACUACCAGCGAUAGCACCACAACCUCCUGGCCGCAACUCCGUCAAAAGACUCAUAAACACAUUCAGUGGUGGGGUGGACGGCAGACCAGGCCAAAGUCUCCCUAGUGCACACCUUAGGGGGUCUAGGAGCAGUGGAACUCCCCUCUUACCCGACAUUGUCAGUGGUAACAACAAUAAGAACAUCUGGGCAGCAGAAGGUGGGGAGGGCCUGGAUGAUGACAACCUGCCCCCUCCUCCCCCUGAGGUCCUGAUGGACAAUUCCUAUGAGAGCAAUGAGGAAAACCCGGAUGAUGAGGAAGGGGAAGAGGAGGACACCGACAGUAGGGGCCACCCUGUGCCACGCCAAAGGAGCACCGCCUCUCAGCGCCUGAGGGCCUCGUUGCAGAACAUGACGGUGCUGCCCAACCGUGGAAGUGUCGGACCAAUCAGACAGGAUCCUGAGAUGAGGGGUGGACAGCAGCCAGCAUCUGAAGGCGACCAAGAGAGUGAGCAGGCCGCCUCUCUCUACCAUAAGGCCCGCAAGAUCAUCCACCUGCGCAACGCAGCUGAAUCCGCUGCAAACAGAUCUGACCAGGGGGUUCGAGGACCCCUUAGAGCUGGUGUGAGCCUCAGGCAAGGAAGCAGCAACCCCUUUGAGGGGGAGUAUUACCCCACCAGCAUGCCACCAACCGUCCCACCAGUCUCCAGAGUUCGCCUACCACCCUCUUGUCCCUCUACACACCACAGACUACCAAGCCCCCCUGCUUUCGCACAGCCUAAUCCACCCUCACGUCCAUCCUCUCCCCGGGUCUUGAGAUGGAGCAGGGAGGACAGUGCUGAAGACAUGUCACCCUCAGUGUCCUUCAACGAUGCCCGAUCUGUGUUCUGUCAAAAUAGCCAAUCCAACUCCCAGAGCUGGACCCCCCACUAUAGCUCUACGCUCCCCAGGCCCUAUGGUGAGCCCUCCCGGGGAAGGCUGUCCACACGCGGGUCCCAGACUGUCAGUCGGCGCAGCCAGUCUGACCAGAGACCCAGCCUGACAACACAACAACAGGAUUUGUCCAACCCAGGCACACCACGGGGCCGGACACGAGGAAGUGAGCCAAAUAUGUCCAAAAGCAGUGAGAGGAUGGUCAAUGGUCUUGUGAUGGAAGGGGACAACCAAUCAGAUCCAAGUGCUGUUGAUACUGAUUUGGAUCCUGAGCAGUAGUGCAUGGCAGUCUGCCAGGGCAGAAUCUACCGAGCGAAUUAGAGGGUGAGGACUGAGCAUAGAAAGGGAUUAUGGAUUAGGAGGACUCUUAAGGCUAAGACUUCCCUUCUAAUGAGAAGAGAAGGGGCUUAUUCUAAGAAAGUGUGUUAGGUAAUUGACCAUGCUUCUCCCUCAGAUUGCUUGACUGCAAUGGAGAAAAGGUUGAAAUACAUUGUACAUGUUUUGGUCUAUCUAUUACGUCCUCUGAUAUGAUGUUUUGUAAUACAGUAAUUACUGAAAACAAAAAUCUAUUUUGGCAUAUGUAAUAUCAAUGUAAUAUACUGUAUUGAGGCCUCCCGGGUGGCGCAGAGACUCUGGGUUCGCGCCCAGGCUCUGUCGCAACCGGCCGCGACCGGGAGGUCCGUGGGGCGACGCACAAUUGGCCUAGCGUCGUCCGGGUUAGGGAGGGUUUGGCCGGUAGGGAUAUCCUUGUCUCAUAGCGCACCAGCGACUCCUGUGGCGGGCCGGGCGCAGUGCACGCUAACCAAGGUCGCCAGGUGCACGCCUCCGACACAUUGGUGCGGCUGGCUUCCGGGUUGGAUGCGCGCUGUGUUAAGAAGCAGUGCGACAUGGUUGGGUUGUGUAUCGGAGGACGCAUGACUUUCGACCUUCGUCUCUCCUAAGCCCUUACGGGAGUUGUAGCGAUGAGACAAGAUAGUAGCUACUAACAAUUGGAUACCACGAAAUUGGGGAGAAAAAGGGGGUAAAAAUUCAACAACAACAAAAAAAAAAUAUAUAUAUAUACUGUAUUGACAAUGACUAAUUAUAUAUUGGUGAAUAGGUCAAAUGAUUUGUUUCUUGUCCAUGUCAUACUGUUUUUGAAUUAGCAUUUUGUGUUUGAACUGUUGGUAUUUUUGUUAUACAGUAACUACAGUGUUUGUUUACAAAUGUUGUUUUAUUAUUAUUAUUUCGUAGUUCCACCUUUGUAUUUUGUUUAUUUCAAUUUUUUUCUACCUGUUCCCAAUAAAAAAAAAUUACAAAUAUACUGCCAACAGAGAGGUGUAACUUGAACACAUUACGUCACCCAGCUAUAAAUAGCUCCCCAAAUCGUCUCACAAUACAGUUCUCUGUGAGCAUUAAAAUAAUUAUAGGUUAUAUUCUGUGUUAUUAUGUUAGGCCCAUUUUCUUUGGGGGACAAACGAGCAUGUAUUACAAGGGAAAUAGUCAACUGCUCAUUUGAAAAAAACAUUUGCAUCGUUACUGAUUCCCACACCCUUGCUGUGCAUAAAGGAUAAACUCAUCAGUUGAGUCAGCUAUGAGAUAAUAAACCUGUCCAUUUUUUAUAGAACUGCACCCAGAAAUGUGAAAUACUGUAGCAAAUUGCAGAUUGUAGCAGACUGUAUUUUCAUAAAAAGUCAAGCUAGUCUGCACCAGAA